UAAUCAAGAUGAUUACCAACUGGUUCGAAAACUUGGUCGGGGCAAGUAUAGUGAAGUAUUUGAGGCCAUUAACAUCACCAACAAUGAGAGGGUGGUUGUAAAAAUUCUGAAGCCAGUGAAGAAAAAGAAGAUAAAACGAGAGGUUAAGAUUCUGGAGAACCUUCGAGGUGGAACAAAUAUCAUUAAGCUGAUUGACACUGUAAAGGACCCUGUGUCAAAGACACCAGCUUUGGUAUUUGAAUAUAUCAAUAAUACAGAUUUUAAGCAACUCUACCAGAUCCUGACUGACUUUGAUAUCCGGUUUUAUAUGUAUGAACUACUUAAAGCUCUGGAUUACUGCCACAGCAAGGGAAUCAUGCACAGGGAUGUGAAACCUCACAAUGUCAUGAUAGAUCACCAACAAAAAAAGCUCCGACUGAUUGAUUGGGGUCUGGCGGAGUUCUAUCAUCCUGCCCAGGAGUACAAUGUUCGAGUGGCCUCGAGGUACUUCAAGGGACCAGAGCUCCUUGUGGACUAUCAGAUGUAUGAUUACAGCUUAGACAUGUGGAGCUUGGGCUGCAUGUUAGCGAGCAUGAUAUUCCGAAAGGAGCCAUUCUUCCAUGGGCAGGACAACUAUGACCAGCUUGUUCGAAUUGCCAAGGUUCUGGGGACAGAUGAGCUGUAUGGAUAUCUGAAGAAGUACCACAUAGACCUAGAUCCACACUUCAAUGAUAUCUUGGGACAACAUUCACGGAAGCGCUGGGAAAACUUUAUCCAUAGUGAAAACAGACACCUUGUCAGUCCUGAGGCCCUAGAUCUUCUUGACAAGCUCCUGCGGUACGACCAUCAACAGAGACUGACUGCCAAAGAGGCCAUGGAGCACCCGUACUUCUACCCUGUGGUGAAGGAGCAGUCCCAGCCUUGUGCAGAGAACACCGUGCUUUCCAGUGGCCUCAGCGCAGCACGAUGAAGCCUGGGGAAUCGACGGUAAUGCGGCACUGAUGCUUGCCAAUAAAACCAACCAACCAAACAAAAACUUGAAGGAAACUGCAGUGUGAUAAAAAGAAAUUCUAAUCAUUCCUUCUAAAGGCAAAGAAGAGUAAAGACCUAAAGCCUGUCAAAAGCAAGAAACUCCCCAGUACUAGUCUGCAGGGAGCUGCGCUGUACAGUGUGGCAGUGCACAUAGUUCAGGAUCUGAGGGGACUCUCCCUUUGGAAUGCAUGGGAGAUGAGAAGCUCGGAGUUGUUGUACACGUACCUGCGUUUAACAGGAUACCACUGUUGAAUUAACCCGUUCGGUCAACAAGCUCUGAAUAUCUGACUUCCUAUCUAUUCCAUUGUGGUGUCUGGUUUUCUUCUGUGAGAAUUCAGGCUCAAGUUUUAGCAAGUCAGCAGUCUAUUCUGACACACCAGCCUCAUUUACAAAAAAAAAAAAAAAAAAAAAAAAAAGAAAAAGAAAAGAAAAAAGAAAAGAAAAAAAAGAUUAAAACAGUGACAGUAUUUUUUUUAAGCUCUUUUACAAAUUCAUGUGUUAUGUAUUUUUUUAUGACAUGAGCUCUCCAGGAAAUGUACCUCAUUCUUGCAGUUUUCUUCUAAGUAUAUUCAUUUGGAAGCAAACUGCAGUCACUCUCACCACAUCCUCUUUAGUGUCGGAAGAUGGCACUGUAAAUCUUGAGAUGCCAUGAACAGGUCCCAGGUUCAUUAGAAGUUUCAUGCUGUGUGCAUAACUUGGGGCUCACCUUUAUUGAUUUGCCUAACUAUUGAAUCUUGUUGCUUUUUCUUUUCUUUUUUCCUUUUUCUUUUUUCUCUCUUUUUUUUUUUUUUUUAGCGCCACCCCCCAUAAGGAAAACUUCACCAUUUCUCAGCACAUCUUUGUGUGGGCACCUACUUCAAUGUACCACCCUAAAACAAAGACUUAUUUUUGUUCACAGCCAUAGCUGCAGCUGGAACGUUAGUCUUCCGGCAGGUCAAAGAGGGAGGGAAGUGUUCUAUUAGAAUGUAUUCAGGAAAGAUCUCACAUAUGCAAAAGGCACACCUACCAUCUUCCCUCUUUUUCACCCCGUGACAAACAGGUCUGGCUACAAUCAGGGUGAUGGGCAUUUACAGCUCUAAUAGGUCAUACAUGAGUGUAAUGGCAAAGAAGUAUCUGACAUGCAGACGAUAGCUUGUGGGCAAGGCUGUCCUGUGACUCCUGCAGCUGGCUGGAGAGAGAUGGCCAGGGCCUGGGAGAGGAAGGGGGCUCCUGGAGCAAGUGUCACAGCUAUGUGCUAACCUUCAUGUUAGCAGAGAGCUAGAUUUUGUUUGGGGUUUUUUGUUUUUGUUUUUUAUAGAGCUGAUUUCAUUUGGGGGACUGGUCACUGACAUGGUUUGCCAGCUAGUCCCUUCUCCUUGGCUGCAGAGCCAUGCAUCAGCUUUGGGGACCUAACAUGCUUGGGGUAUCUACCACAUCACACUUAGGGUUUCUUCAUUAACUAUUUAAUAAUGCCAUACAUUUUUAUAAGGUUAGAUUGUUUGUUUGAAACAUCUGUUUACAUUCCAAAUUCCAAUAAACUUGUAUUGGUAUUGGUAGCAGGUCCAUCUCUAAAUGCAGAUUCUAUUUUGUCGUUUGGUCUGUGUGAACGUAAAAGACAAAUGUAACUCUUCUUGAUAGUAUGGAGUUCAGUUCAUAAGUUAAAAAGUAAGAUCUUGGGCCAGUGACAUGGCAGGUAAAGGCAUUUGCUGCAAAGAAUUCAGUUCCCAAAAUCUACAUGGUGAGGAGAGAGCCUACUCCCAUGAGUUGUCCUCUUUCCACACGUGCACUGUGGCAUGUAAACACACACACAAUAAAUAAAGUUUUAAAAAUCUUC